AUGGCCGACGCCCAGGCUCCCCCGACCUUCAAGCUGGUCCUCGUCGGUGAUGGUGGUACCGGAAAGACCACCUUCGUCAAGCGCCACUUGACUGGCGAGUUCGAGAAGAAGUACAUUGCCACUCUCGGUGUCGAGGUUCACCCUCUCGGCUUCACCACCAACCUGGGCGCCAUCCAGUUCGACGUCUGGGACACCGCCGGCCAGGAGAAGUUCGGUGGUCUGCGCGAUGGCUACUACAUCAACGGCCAGUGCGGUAUCAUCAUGUUUGAUGUGACCUCUCGCAUUACCUACAAGAACGUUCCUAACUGGCACCGUGACCUCGUCCGUGUCUGCGAGAACAUCCCCAUCGUCCUCUGCGGCAACAAGGUCGACGUUAAGGAGCGCAAGGUUAAGGCCAAGACCAUUACCUUCCACCGCAAGAAGAACCUUCAGUACUACGACAUCUCCGCCAAGUCCAACUACAACUUCGAGAAGCCCUUCCUCUGGCUCGCCAGGAAGCUCGUCGGUAACCAGACUCUGGAAUUCGUUGCUGCCCCCGCCCUCGCUCCUCCGGAGGUCCAGGUCGACCAGGCCGUUCUGGAGCAGUACCAGAAGGAGAUGGAGGCUGCCUCCAACAUGCCUCUCCCCGACGAGGAGGAUGCCGACUUGUAG